GUGAUCGAUGAUUCAUUCCGAUCAAGGAGCUAACCUAAUCCUGUCGUAAACAGCACUUGGCGCCGUCGCGCUCUUCUUGACAGAAACCUGUUUGCUCUGCGUCCUUUGCGAUUUGCGAAUUGUGAACCUACAGCACGAUUACAGUACAAAGGCUUCAUCGUCGUCAAUUUGUGUCCACCCUCGUUGCAGAAUGGGAAAUAACAAACCAAGGAGAUUCAGAGGACAUCGCAACCAUCGCGGUCAAUCCAGUCGAGACCAGCUGCUUGUGUUGGAUGACGAAUCUCAGAGUUCCAUUCAAGUAACUAACGAGGAGGAGUUCGCGGGUCCGAAGAUACAGCUUGCCAUGUGGGACUUUGGACAAUGUGAUAUAAAAAGGUGCACAGGACGCAAGCUUUCAAGAUUUGGCUUGUUAAAAGAGUUACGCGUCAGUAAUGGUUUUGGGGGCAUUGUUCUAAGUCCUGUUGGAAAGCAAUGUGUCUCAAGAGAAGAUUACCCUUUAAUCAAGAAGAAAGGAUUGGCUGUCGUGGAUUGCUCAUGGGCACGUUUAGAUGAUGUGCCUUUUGUGAGGCUGCGUUGCAAUGCCCCUCGCCUCUUACCAUGGCUUGUGGCAGCAAACCCAGUAAAUUAUGGUCGACCAUGCGAGCUAUCUUGUGUAGAGGCCUUAUCUGCUGCUCUAACAAUAUGCGGGGAAGAAGAAACGGCAAAUUUGUUGCUUGGCAAGUUCAAAUGGGGUCAUGCUUUUAUGUCACUGAAUCGGGAACUGCUGAAGGCCUACUCCAAAUGCGAAAAUGGUUCUGACAUUGUUUCUGUCCAAAAUGCUUGGCUGUCACAACAGAGUCAGAUUCAAAGGACUCCUUUUGAUGGCGAAGUUGUACCUGAAGGUGAGCGUCAGAGUUCUUCUGAUUCUGAAGAUGGUCUCCCACCUAUUGAAAUGAACAUGAAUCAUUUGAAUUUAAUCGAAAGUGAUGAAGAAAGCGAGUAGGUGGAUGUUAAAUCUCCAGCGUUCGAUCUUCCUCACAGCAUGCUCCAUAUUCUAAGUAUUCCCAAGACGUGCGCAAAGGGCAAAUAUAUUGGCUAGCAUCGAUUUAAGUAUAUCAUGAAUCAUUUAGUUCCCAUCUCUCUAUUUGCUAAUAUCUAUCGUAUAUAUAUAUAAUAUUCAUUGCUAUCUUUUUAACUAUGAAUAAAUUAGCUUGCAGUA